CUGGGACAAUAGUGAGUGGUGCACACUUCCUUCGCCCAGCCGCAGAACAAAACAAAAAGUCCCAUUUAAGAGUUGCUGGUGUAACAAUAGCAAGAAUAUAUUCCACUCCUCUCUUGUACAUGCGCCUUAUGAGACGUCCAGGAGAUGAACGCUCAUCAAGAAGAACGUCCCCUUCAGCAGCAGGAGGAUCCACAGCCCCCCCACAUUAAAGAGGAAGAGGAGGAUCUCUGGGUUACUCAGGAGGGAGAGUGUCUUCCAUGGCAGGAGGAGGCUGAUCUCACCAAGUUUCCACUGACUGUUGUCUCUGUGAAGACCGAAGACUGUGAAGACAAAGCACCUGAGUCCUCACAGCUUCAUCACAGUCCAAACGUCUGUGAAAAAUAUCGUCCACCUGAGCAGCAGGAGGGGUCCUCCAGUAUGGAGCAGAAGAGGUCACAGCACCUCCACGUGAAAGAAGAGGAGCCACAGCCCCCUCACUUUCAAGUUGAAGAAAAACAGCGGCUGUCCCCCCACUUCAUAGAGGAAGACAAGAGACACCUCAUCAGUGUGAAGAGUGAAGAUGAUGAGGUCAAAGGUGAGAGAGAGGCGGAGCCUCCAAGCAGCAGCUCAACUCAACACAUGACAACAGAAGCUGAUGGAGACCACUGUGGAGGAUCACAAGCAGACAAGCUCUUAGCUCCACUAUCAGAUAGUGAGGACACAACGUCACACUCUCCUGACACUGAUGAUGAACACUCUAAAGAUGAUGCAACAUGUCACACUGACAACACACACUUCACAUGUUCUCACUGUGACAAAACCUUUAAAUACCAUCGCAAUAUGAAAAGACACAUGAGAAGACACACUGGAGAAAAACCUUGUUCCUGCUCAGAAUGUGGUAAAGGUUUUGUAAGAAAUCAAGAUUUAAAAGUACACAUGAGAACACACUCUGGAGAAAAACCUUUUUCAUGUUCAGUCUGCGGUAAAGAUUUUACUCAAAGAAGCCAUUUCAAAGUACAUAUGAGAAUACACACUGGAGAAAAACCUUUUUCAUGUUCAAUCUGCGGUAAAGAUUUUACUCAAAAGCACCAUUUCAAAGCACACAUGAGAACACACACUGGAGAAAAACCUUUUUCAUGUUCAACCUGCGGUAAACAUUUUACUCAAAGGGACCAUUUCAAAGUGCACAUGAGAAUACACACUGGAGAAAAACCUUUUUCCUGCUCAGAAUGUGGUAAAAGUUUUGUAACAAAUACAAAUUUAAAAACACACAAGAGAACACACACUGAUGUCAAACCUUUUAUAUGUUCAGUAUGUGGUAAAAGUUUUAUAGAAAGACGGCAAUUACAAUUACACGAGAGAACGCACUCUGGUGAAAAACCAUACUCCUGUUCAAGCUGCAACAAAAGCUUUCGUCACCGACAAUCUUUUACAGUACACAUGAGAACACACACAGGAGAGAAAGUGUUGAGUUGCAGUGUGUGUGGUGAAAGAUUCUCUUCUAAGUACCAGUGUAAGAAACACAAGUGUGCUGGUGAGAACAGCAGCAGCAAAUGAAGAUGCAGGAUUUGAAAUAAACUGUCAAAACUUUGUUAACUUUGACUUUCUAACAACAUCAGCACAUAUAACAUGUGUGACAUCAUUGUUGUGUGUGUAACACAAUCUUGUUAGUAUGAUUCUAACAUUUAUAGAUUAGACACUUCAGAUUAGUGCUUUUAUUUCAGUCAAGUACAUGAGUUAAUAUACACAUUUGUGUAAUUUAAAAUGAA